CGAGGAUUGCGGGCGUCGGGGGCCAUGGCGGGGACGGCGGCUCCUCCGUUCCAGCUGGGGAAGCCGCGUUUCCAGCAGACUUCUUUCUACGGCCGCUUCAGACACUUCCUGGAUAUCAUUGACCCACGUACGCUCUUCGUCACAGAGAGUCGCCUGCGAGAAGCUGUGCAGCUGCUGGAUGACUACAAACAUGGCUCCCUUCCCCCCGGGGUCACUGAUGAGCAGCUCUGGGGAGCCCAGAAAAUAAAGCAGGCCAUUCUCCACCCAGACACAAAUGAGAAGAUCUUCAUGCCUUUCCGAAUGUCAGGGUACAUCCCCUUUGGCACGCCCAUUGUUGUUGGUCUGCUCCUUCCCAACCAAACCCUGGCAUCCACAGUCUUCUGGCAGUGGUUGAACCAGAGCCACAACGCAUGCGUCAACUAUGCAAACCGCAACGCUACUAAGCCUUCACCCACGUCCAAGUUCAUCCAGGGUUACUUGGGAGCGGUCCUAAGUGCGGUGUCCAUAGCAGUGGGUCGGCCUGAACGUGCUGGUAGAGAGGGCCAACAAGUUCACUCCCGCCACCCGCCUCCUCAUCCAGAGGUUCGUGCCGUUCCCUGCUGUAGCAAGUGCCAAUAUCUGCAACGUGGUGCUGAUGAGGCAUACGGAACUGGAGGAAGGGAUCGACGUCCUGGAUGGAGACGGGAACCUCGUCGGCUCUUCCAGAAUCGCGGCCAAGCACGCACUGAUGGAGACGGCCCUGACCCGCGUGGUCCUGCCAAUGCCUAUCCUGGUUCUACCUCCGAUCAUCAUGACGGCACUGGAAAAGACAUCUCUCCUGCAGUCCCGUCCUCGGCUCCUCCUUCCCGUGCAAAGCUUCGUGUGCCUUGCCGCCUUUGGAUUGGCGCUGCCCCUGGCCAUCAGUCUCUUCCCUCAGAUGUCCGAGAUCGAAACAUCCCACCUGGAGCCUGAGAUCGCCUCGGCCACCACCAGCCGGACCGUGGUGUACAAUAAAGGUCUGUAGAGGGUGACCCGCCGUCCCCGGCCCCCUCGAGGAGAAGAGAGGAUCCGGGGGGCAGGGGAUAGGAGCGGGAUGCUCCCGCCCACCACUGGGAAGUAAUCACAACCCGGUUUUGGAGACCAUCCCCACACAUUCUUCCUGUCGGGAGGCAGGAGGACAUUAACACAUUCACAGCAUUCCCACCUGGCGGAGGGAGAAGAGAUUAAUCCAUUAAAGUUUUAAAGUAGGGAGGAAAAGUAGACGGAGGAGGAGGACUAGGCCGAAGAGGUAAUCAGGUGAGCCUCCAGGCCUAGCGGGAGGGCAAGCAUGAGUGCCACGGUGCAUCCCCUAAAGUUGGGAAUCAGCAGCCUGCAGGGGGUGGGCACAGGCCGGGGGCUUUUUUCUGCACUUUCAGCUUCGAAGGCGAGAGCUCAGUUUUAGCAACUUUCUGUGCCCGGAAGCUCGGCCCAGGUUCGCCCCAGAGAACUUGGGGGGUUGGAGGUCAUCCCUGUCAAAACCCACCCCGUGGGGGCCUGCGUACCCCUCAACUGUCUGCCCCGGCCUCCAUCACCACAGCACCCCCCCGCUCCGCGAUGUGGACGGACCGACACCCCCGUCCCAGGGGAGCUCAGAUGCUGGGGUCCGGACGGGGGGACCGAUCUCUGCUGGGGAUGUAUGUAAGCACCCCCUCCUCUGCGGAUGGGCAGCACUCAGAGGAGGCCUUGGCCCCAGCAACGGAAGCGAGCGACCAUGUGAACAGCAGCGGGCAAGGUGUGCCCUGCUGGCACCUCCCACCGCGGCCUCGGCCUCCGGGCUCCCCACCCCUUCCCCUUCUCCCCAAUCUGACCCACCAGGGGCCAACUGGCUGGACUCGGACUUGGACAGUGACCAGGCCCCCCAGGAGGGCAGAGCCGGGAGCCCAGGGAAGGCGCCCUGCAGAGGCA